AUGCUAUCCGCCUUCACGGCUCGGCCCCUAGUCGAGCUCAAACCGCGCGAUAAGUCCAAGAUCGAAUCCGUUCUUGCCUACGGCGACAGGCUGCUGGCUGGAUUAAACAAUGGCAGCCUUCGAAUAUACCGAAUCAAUGAGGUACCCGAUGACGAACCUCAGCCGGCACAUCACGAGGGAAAUGGCGACGGUGGGGAGAAUGGGAACACGACAACAGGCAAGAAGACGCCCGUGGACAACGGAACAACCGCGAACUCACUAGACGAACGAUACCCGAAGCCGAAGCGGACUGAACUUCUGCGCGAACUGGAAAAGUUCUCGCGAUACAAGAUCGAACAGCUGGUUCGGAUUAAGGAGGCCAACGUCCUCGUCUCGUUGUCUGGUGGUUACGUCUCCAUUCACGAUCUGCAGACCUACUCGCUACAGGAGCAACUUUCCAAAACGAAAGGAGCUACCACUUUCGCUGUGACAUCAAAUAUUAUUAAUGAACCUGAGACUGGUGUUCCUUCUAUUGUUUCCCGUCUGGCUGUUGCCGUGAAGAGAAAGAUUCUACUGUGGACAUGGCGAGAUAUGGAGCUUGAGAGUAACACUGCGGAGCUAACGCUGGUCAGUGGUGUGAAGACGCUCACAUGGGUCUCGGGGACGAAGAUUGUGGCUGGUCUCAGCUCGAACUUUGUGCUGGUGGAUAUAGAAGCCGGAGCUGUCACCGAUUUGGUGGGACCUGGGAGCAUUGGCGGUCUUGGGGGGCAGGAGACAGGGCGUUUUGCGGGUGUCGGUGUUGCGAGCAUGAGCUAUAUCGGGAUGAGUAGUAUGGUCCCCAAACCACUUGCGACGAGACUCAGUGAGGGGCAUAUAUUACUGGCUAAGGAUAUCAACACUCAUUUCAUUGAUAUUGAUGGCAACUCACUCGGACGAAGACAGAUUCCCUGGAGCCAUGCACCUUCGCACAUCGGAUAUUCAUACCCUUUUCUGUUAGCUUUGCAUGACUCGUCAAGGGGAGUGUUGGAAAUCAGGAACCCGGAAACCCAGUCGCUGCUCCAGUCUAUUUCGCUGCCACAUGCUAGUAUUCUGCACAUUCCACAACCCACCAUUAGUUUGGCUCAUGCCGGAAAGGGGUUCCUAGUUGCGAGCGAUCGGGUAAUUUGGAGGAUGGAGGCUCUGAACUACGAUUCUCAAAUUGACGCUCUUGUGCAAAAGGGCUAUCUCGAUGAGGCGAUUAGCUUGAUCAAUAUGCUCGAAGAUGCGCUCUUAAAGGACAAGCCUGGCAGGCUGCGCUCGAUUAAGCUCGAAAAGGCACAGAGCCUUUUCGGCAUGCGGAAAUACCGAGAUUCCAUGGAUCUUUUUACAGAGGUAUCCGCCCCUCCUGAGAUAGUAAUCCGACUGUACCCUAAGAUUAUUGCUGGGGAACUCUCGUCGAUUGUUGAGGACAGUGAGGAUUCGGAAGACAGCGCCACAGAUAGCCAGCAAAAGUCAAAUGGCUCUCAGGCGCAGGUUGAUACGGCCCCUUCAUCUGAAGAAGCAACUGGUUCCAAACAGCCGGUGUAUGCUUCCUCUGUUAGAUCUCUUCUCCGAACGAAGGCCGAUGAGAGUAGUGACUCGGGUAGCGUUCGUGGGAAGGCUGUAGAGGAUGAUAAACCUCUUCAAGGGAAAGAUCUCAAAGUUGCGGUCCGCGAGCUUCAGGGGUAUUUGGCCGAUGUCCGUCGGAGAUUUCAGCGAUUUCUGAACACUAGCGGGUCAUUGAAAAUCGAGCACCCACUCACUAGCGGAGUGGCUGACGAGUUUACCGAUUCCGUCACAAAGCUUCUAGGACUCUCUAAAGAUGAUUCGGACGAGGAAUUUCACGAACAGCUUUGGGAAAAAGCCCGACUCGUUGACACGACCCUUUUCCGCGCCCAUAUGUUUGCAACUCCGUCGCUCGCUGGCUCGCUCUUCCGAAUUGCCAACUUCUGCGAUCCGGAUGUGGUAGUGGAAAGGCUAGAGGAGACUGGCCGCUACAAUGACCUCAUUGAUUUCCUGUAUGGAAAGCGAUUGCACCGCCAAGCUCUUGAGCUCCUGCGGAAGUUUGGGCAGGCCGAGCCAGACGAAGAGAAGAUCCCCCCACAGCUCCACGGUCCCAAGCGAACUGUCGGGUAUCUACAGCAUCUACCCCCGGACAAGAUCGAUCUUAUUCUGGAAUUCGCGGAGUGGCCCCUGCGGACUGACCCUGCAUUGGGCAUGGAAGUGUUCUUGGCUGAUACCGAAAACGCUGAGACAUUACCACGUUCCCGUGUUCUAGAGUUCUUAGACGGUAUUGACCCCAUCCUUGCUGUGAAGUAUCUGGAGCAUGUCAUCAGGGAGUUGAAUGAUAUGACUCCUGACCUGCACCAGAGGCUUCUUCUGCUCUAUCUAGAGCGUCUGCAGAAACACAAAUCCAAGGAGUUUGAAUUCGCUACCGAAGAAGAGAAGGACGAGUGGUGGGAUAAGUUUUUGGAGAUGCUGAAAUCAAGCUCGCAGUAUUCUCCUGCUAAGAUGCUUGAUCGUCUUGAUCGUGAUGACCCGGAAUUCUUCGAGGCAAGGGCUAUAGUGUUCAGUAAGAUGGGCCAGCAUAAGCAAGCAUUGGAGAUCUACGUCUUUAGACUCGAAGACUAUCACAAAGCGGAAGAAUACUGUAACCAUGUCCACCUAACCGAGUACGCAGUCGCCAAAGAGGUCGCCCCGUCGCGGCGCGUGGCCCCGACUGAUUCGGAGGAAGACCAACCAUCUAUCUACUUGACAUUACUAUCCCUAUAUCUUACACCGCCGCAUGGCUACAAGCCUCGGUAUGGGCCAGCGCUUGAUCUUCUUGCCAGGCACGGAUCUCGCCUGCCGGCAAACUCUGCUCUUGACUUGAUCCCCGAGUCUCUUCCCGUCAAGGAGCUGGAGUUCUACUUCAAAAGCCGGAUACGGGCAGCCAGCUCUAUUUUGAAUGAAACCCGGAUCGUGGCCAAUCUUCAGAAGGUGCGGAAUAUCAAGACGCAAGCGCACCUGGUGGCCGGUGAGGGGUCCGAUGGGAAGAGCACGAGGGCAAGACAUGUCACGAUCACGGAAGAGAGAAUUUGUGGUAUCUGCCAUAAACGACUUGGAGGAAGUGUGAUAAAUGUUUUUCCGGAUAACGAGGUUGUGCAUCUUGGCUGUGCAAAUAGAGUUACCAGCACUACUUUGUGA